ACACGGAUUGUUCCGUGCAUUUGCCGAAACGCUGCUGAAUAGCAACUUACACUGAGCGAUACCGAGGAGUACAACUACUGCCGAGCUUUGGAAUCGCAAACGUUGAAAACCAGCAAGGAAAUUACUUGGAUUACACAUUUUGCAGACGGCGCUUAGAAGACUUAGUGCCGAUCCGGGAAUUUACCUUUUGGAGUUUAUCCUACAAUCUGUGGAUUAUAUUUUACUUCAACAUGACUCUGGAAGAAGUCGUUGGAUGCAAUAUUACUGACAAAAAAAUGGAAAACGUGGGUCAAGCAUUGGAGGAAUUGUUGGUUGCUGCCCAGCGGCAGAGCUGUCUCACCGUUGGAGUAUACGAAUCUGCAAAGCUGAUGAAUGUUGAUCCGGACAGCGUGGUGUUGUGUGUCCUCGCCACUGAUGAGGAGGACGAGGACGACAUCGCACUGCAGAUUCACUUCACUUUGAUCCAAGCCUUUUGCUGCGACAACGACAUUAAUAUCUUGCGCGUCUCCGGCUUGGGGCGGCUGGCAGAGGUCCUCGGAGAGCCAACCACCGCCGAUAGCAACGCCAACGAGCCGAAGGAUAUGCACUGCAUACUAGUCACUAGUCCUCAUGUCGACACGCUUAAGUGCCAAGCGCUGAAGGAAGUGGGCACCUACUGCCAGGAGAGUCGUGGCAAAAACCAGUGGAUACCUUACCUGACCCUGCAGGAACGCUGACUGAACCCGCCGGUGGCGUGUGAACGUGAUACGGGAAAACCCAAGUCGUCAUUCUUUAGGAAAGAGAAAGGCGUUCAUAAGGAAGGCAUGCCACAGUAACUGCAGCAGUACGCGGACGCCCGUGCAUCUCCGGCUACGGAACAUGGUGAUGGAAGGAGAGAGAGAGAUCUAAGGGACAACACGCUCUUCCUCCGCCAGACGGAACAAUGGCGAAACCGGGGGGGGAAAGUGAGCCGUAUCGGAGUAUCGGAGCUGUUGCCUUCAAAGGACAGGGGCUGGCGGAACGGCCGAGGGCGGCAGUAGCGUGGGAGCCGACGUGCAGUUUCGAUUUCUCGUGGGGGGAAACUGAUACAUAUCCUACGUGUUACGUGGUGGCUGUACGCAGGCUGCUGGGUCCGAAAGCACCCAUAAUAAGUGGACUGACGAACAACAUGCUAUAAAAAUGCAGAAGAAUGAAAUGAACUGUGCUUUGUUGUCGAAUUGUUUUACCCAGUAUGCAGAUUCUCUUGCAAUUAAUGCUUUAAAAACAUGCUUAUACUUAGUAGUUGUGCAGCACAACAGAUUUGUAUUGCCCAAAAAGUGGGUUAAGGAUAUUUUACAGUGGAAGAAUUAUUUUAUUGUAAUGUUUUGUAAUUUAAACGAAGAUUAAUAUAUAACAAAUGAAUGUGCAACAAAACACAAAUGUGUGUUUUUUUUUAAUAAAUUAUUUACUACAACUA